CAUCCCUCCUGCAGGCGGCACGAUGGCGAUCGAUACGGCAGCGAAAUGUUCCAAGUGGGGUGUUUUUCGCGAAAAUCUCGACAUGGACGGGAGGAGAAAGGCGAUCUGCGGGGGAGACUGACUCGGCGGGAAACGGGCACGGACGCUGAUACCCGGUGUAACAUCAAGCUCUUCGGUGCCAGUCCACCUGGGAGGACCACGUCUGAGACCUGAACACCAGAAUGACCUCAACACAUUGUUAACGCUUGCACUGUCCCACCACCUGGAGCAGGAGGUUGCAUCAGAGUCAGAGGCGUCAGCCGAGAUUCAGCUUCUGCUUAGUCGACUGAAGACAGCAGCGACUGUUCCACGGAUAAUGCCAUGGAGGAACAACUCCUGGCAGACGUCCUAACACGCACACCACCACAACAAUCAACCCUGUAGCUUCUUAUGGGCUGAUAACCCCUGAUAUUAGCUGCCAUGGCUUUCUGUAAUGAAAGCCGGCUGGAAGACUGUGACUUCAUGGAACCAGACAGAGCAGAGGAAACGUUCCCGUCAGAAGCUGCGACUCCCGUCAUAUCAGUCACUCUGCGCGUGACCCUGGCGGCCAUAAUGAUCUUCAUGAUCACAAUAGGUUUCCUCGGCAAUGCCAUAGUGUGUCUGAUUGUUUACCAGAAACCUGCCAUGCGCUCUGCUAUCAAUCUUCUCCUCGCCACGUUGGCCUUUUCGGACAUCAUGCUCUCCCUGCUCUGCAUGCCCUUCACUGCCGUCACUGUGGCCACAGCUGACUGGAGCUUCGGGAGCGGCUUCUGCCGAGCAUCCAUCAUGCUGUACUGGUUGUUCGUCCUGGAGGGGGUGUCCAUACUCCUUAUUAUCAGCGUGGACCGGUUCCUCAUCAUUGUGCAGCGGCAGGACAAGUUGACCCCGCACAGAGCUAAACUGUUGAUUGCAGGCUCAUGGGUGCUGAGCCUGUGUGUGUCUCUGCCGUCUGUGGUCGGGUGGAGGACUGGUGCGGCAGGUAUGGGAGGCGCCUGGGCGCCGCAGUGUGUGCUGGGGUACAGUGACUCUCUGGCAGACCGUGGGUACACCGUGCUGUUGGCAGUAGCAGUAUUCUUUGUGCCCUUUGCUGUCAUGCUGUACUCUUAUAUGUGCAUCCUCAACACAGUGCGCCGCAACACCCUGCGCAUCCACAACCACACCAGUGAGCAUUCCUGCCUGCCGGCCCUCAACCAAGUCAGCAAAAUGAGACUCACCGGGCUGCAGCGGCCCCCUCAGAUCAAGGUGGACAUGAGCUUCAAGACCAGAGCCUUCACCACCAUCCUCAUCCUCUUUGUCGGCUUCUCCGUGUGCUGGCUGCCGCACACGGUGGUCAGCCUGCUGGCCGUGUUCAGCCGGCAGUUCUACUACAGCUCCGUCUUCUACCCAAUCAGCAUAGGUGCCCUGUGGCUCAGCUACCUGAAGACGGUGUUCAACCCCGUCAUCUACUGCUGGAGGAUCAGGAAGUUCAGGGAGGCCUGUCAGGAGUUCAUCCCCAAGAGCUGCAGGCUGUGUCCCAGAGUGCCGGGCAGGAGCCGCAGGAGAGUGAGGCCCAGCAACAUCUACGUGUGCAGCGAAACUCAGUCAGCUGUGUGAAGGCGAGGAGGAGCAGCUUCUCAACGCACAAACGUGCUAGAGUUUUUAACUUGACCCUUUUCUCGUUUUAAGCAAUCAGAGGCUGCCGAGGCUGAGAAUCUACAGGGUGUUGACAAAAUAAUCGCCACAAGAAUGCACUUUUGAUAUAAACUUUUAUGCCAACAUGCCAGAGAAGUCCUUAAAGUGCUCAGAGAAAUGGGGAUAUGCUGAGGAAGGGCGUGUCAUACAAUCAAAAGCUCCAGAGUAGCUACUGAAUGAAUCUCGUGGUGAGAUUAUUUUGUUUGCUUACUCCUAGAUUAAAGAUUAAAUUUUACAGUCUCAAGAUAUGUUGAUUAAUUUAAAGGUCCAUUGUGUAGGAUUUAGGGCCAGACAUGCGUGUCAUAAAUCGGAAUGAACCUUUGAGGUGGAGCGGGGCCUUCCCCAUUGACCCGUGGCCAGAGACCAUAUCGGCAAGUCUUUUACAACACCAACUUGAGGUUAUCUUAUUGUUCAACAAAUGCAAGUUUAAAGGAAUAGUUUGGGUCUAUUGAUGUGAGGUUGUAUGACUUAAUUAUCCCUAGUCUGUGUAUUACCUGCAGCGGAUGACUGUCAGCUCUCCCCCUGUGUGAAGACAUAUGUUAGCCACCUUAAAGAAAGCCCACCUAAAAGAAAAUGUAUAUAUGUUUAAGUGCAGUUGUAUUUUUAACAUAUAUGGCACUUUACAUUGCAGACAGCCCUUUCCUUUGGCACUACCUUCCCUCAACCAUGCAUUGCUGUAUUCCUACACACAAGCAGGAAACACGCUGACUAGGAAUAAGUACCUUAUACAAACCAAUACAACAUACACAUCAAAAGACCCGAACUGUCCCUUUGAUGUCAAAUGUUUAAAUAACCUCACUUUUCAUGAUAAUCCCAUGGAUUAGCGUGAUAUCAUCCUCUUCUGUGAUUAUUAGAGGUCUGUCCAACAUCGACAAAGCAGUUGACUGGACACCUCAAGCUGCAAAGAAGGUCAAUUAUGACUCUUGGUGUGAAGACUUUUUCAUCAGUGGAGGUUUUAUAGGUGAGCAAUUCUCACUUGGAUGAAUAGACCCAAUCUUUAUCUAGUUGUCUUUAUAAAUCACUAUCCAAGUUGCAGUGCCAAGUUUCUUCAGAAGCCCAGAUUGGACAAACCAAACACUGACUCUCGAGAGGACUUUUCACUUUUUUAGCAGCCCCCCUAGGGGAUGGUGAGAUGAGGAGCCUUCACGUUGUUGUUACCUGCAACAUCCUCGCCAGAAGCCACUAAAUCCCACACACUGGGCCUUUUACUUCAUGGCCAUUACGAUUUACAAGACUUACUGCUAUUCAAACAAUCCCGUGCCGUCCAUUGUUGCUCCACAUCUCUGUUUCAUCAUUUGUUCCUGAUGUGUUUUUUCAGCAUCAUUCUGUUUAGUGCAGACUGUGGACUUUCUUUAAGGUGUAGUGGUGAUAAUAACUCUACUGUCAGUUAUGUGAGGAGUUUCACAAAAAAACAAAACAAAACAAAAAACAUUCAUGAUGUCAGUGUUCAGUGGUGUUCUCAGAGGAGAGUCUGUGAGCUUUUUAACGUACAAUCUGACUUUAACGAACUGUUGUUGCUGAAACACGAUCUCAUGUGAGAUGAAGCUGUUUUUUGAAACUGUGAGUGUGUUUACAAAGAAGCGUCUGCUAUUGAGCUGUGAAUGUUGGAUGUACUGUUGUGUCAUGAAUGACCAGGUUAAUAAACACUGUUUAUAAAAGAG